AUGACCGCAACACUUCUUUCAUACAGUUCUAUCUCACUCAUCUCUCUGCGCGCCCACGCUCUUACUUCACAAGACAUUGCGUCAGCCGAAGCGCUCAACCUUUGGAAGCCCACUGCUGCACACAACACUCGCGGUGAAACCCAGCCUUUCCCAUUCAAAGACUAUCCUCACGGCGUAACCGGCACCAUCAAUACAUCAGCCGCUCACAUCGACUCAAUCUUCGACGACAGUAUGUCUAACUGGGACACUCCCGCUGACGACAGCGCUUGGGGCGACGCCGCUGCGCAGCCCACCAUCGCCGUCACUUCAGAAGUCACCCUCGACGCUGCUGAUGCCGCUCAAUUGAUCGCCGAGGAUGAAGGCAUUGUCGAGCCUGCUCCUCCCGCCGCCGAGAUUCGCAAGUCUUCGCUUGUUGAUCUUACCAACGGCAGCCGCGAGGCCGUCACUGCUCAUCUGGCACAGGGCCUGGGUCCUCACCAGCUCUUGCCUCGCUUCGCAAGUGAAAAGUCUGCGCCCACUUCGCCCACUUCGCCCACCCAGCCUAACGUCGUCGCUUCACUUGACGAACCCGACGGCGCCGCCUCUGCUGUCGACACUGUAUCCAGCUCUCCAGUCACUUCCCCUCUGUCUACCCGCAAGCCUGCUCCUCAUCGCAAGCUGCAAGUCAUGGCACAAGAAGCUCCUCUGCCCGAGUCGCCUGCUCCCGUGCCUCCUGCCGUUACAAUCGAACCUGCUCCCAUCGCUCCUGCCGUUACAAUCGAACCUGCCAUUGUCAACGACGACAGCCGCUCAUCUUCGAUCGUCAUCGUCGAGCCCGUCACUGACCAGUUGGACCCCAAGGCCGAUGAAUGGGUACCUGAUGUCGCUGUUGAGCUUUUGCCUCCGUCGUGCCCCGUCUCACCCACCUCCAAGGUCCCUAUCCCUGAUGGCGAGGCCCUCAUUCUGACUACUUGCCGCGAGGCAGAGUGUAUUUUGAUCUGUGAUCCCGUCCCCAAGAGUUGGUCGGUUCCUACUGUCGUCAGCUCCCUUUCUGACGGCGACUUCUACGACGACCCCGUGAUCGGCGGCGUCCAUCAAAAACUACUGUGCAAUUACUCACAGUACUUCGCCGCUGCUUCGGACGCUGAGAGCACCGAUGGCGAUGCCGAGCGUGAUCAGAUCGUGAGCAGCCCCUCCUGGGCAGUCUUCCGUCAGUGGGUCUACACUCACAAGCACCACGCCAAGUCAGCCAAUGGCAUGCAGACCAACAUCCUGAGCAACGAUUUGAAGACGCUUGUCCAGCUCUGGCGCUUCGCUGCUCGCAUUCAGGCCCCUUUGUUCGCAAACACCAUUGCCGACGUCCUUAUUUCGAGCGUCAUCACCGCCGACGAUCUAUUUGAGGCCGCUGAGGAGAUCGACAACCUUCUUAUGAUUGUCAGCUCCACGAGCAGAUUCCGCCUUCUGAUCAGUCACGUUGUCAUCCUCAACGGCAUCCAGCUCGACUACCAGGACUACUUCAAGUGGCCUAGAUCCUUGCUCUGGAGCAUUUUGGCUUGGCUCAGCAUGGGCAAGUCGACUUACGUGGGUACUCAGAUGUACUCCCAGGCCAACCCUUGUGUCUAUCAUUUGCACACCCUCGGUCACAGCUGCAAUUCUUAG